CAAAUUCAUCAUGGCGCACAUUUCCAAUGUUGUCGACAAUUCAGCUCAAGUCAGUUUUCAUGAAAGUAUAUAUGACUGUAGAAUGAAGAUACCGUUUUGCGUAUUCUUGAAUGCCACGAUUGCACCUCAGUCUUCCAUGUACGAGUUUACUGCUCAUCAAGGCUCAUUACUGACCACCUCAAGCAACCUGCUGAACUCGUUCGACGGGGAAUAUAAGGAGGGAAAAAUACUACGAGCAUGGUGUGGUACGGCGGUGUUGUCUUUGUGACCGCGUUCUUGUCCUUGGCGGCAGCGGUGAAUUUCCUCAGUGGGCCGAGUAACACGGUUGUACCAGUCGGCGGCACAGCUCGGCUGAAAUGCGUCGCCGAUCUGCGUACCGUCCGCGGAACAGUCACGCUGUACUGGUAUAAAGCGCAAGAUGGCGGCGGUUACUACAUUACGGGUGGGUCGGACAUUUACUCCCGGAAUCUUGGCGCCGAAAGAUACUCACUUGAGACAAGCAGCGUCAAUGGUGAGUAUUCGUACACCUUAAAAAUCACCUCAGUGGAAGCUGUUGACUCCGGACAGUACCAGUGUAUGGGCGUGGAUUCUAGUGGGCAUACUCGCUCUCCACGGGGAAGCCUAAGUGUUGUACAGGCUGCGACGGACGAGCCUCUUACCUGCAGUUUCUACCCGCAGUCUCCCACCGUAGGCCAGACUGUAACGUUCUCCUGCAUCGCGCCCAGGGGCAUUGCUCCUGAGAUGCUGUCCUGGUGGAUGGCACACUCAGUCAGGAUCCAGCCGUCAGCACACCUGUCCAACAACCACGGUAUCUCGUUCGUCAAGACACUAAGCAACGCCGACAACUUUGCUGAAUUCACCUGCCUUGUGGGCUCGUCGUUCGACACCACGAACAACAUGAACUGUAGCGUGACGCCUCUCGCCGUACCUAUACGGGCCGAAGUCACGGCCGAGACCGCCUUUGUUGUUGCAGACAGAACUGCUACCUUCCGAUGUCGAGGGACAGCCAUUCCACCAGUAACAAGAUAUCGCUGGAUCUACGGCUCAGGCAGGAACACCAUCAAGAUUUCGACAAGCAGAGGAAGGUACACAGUUAUUAACAAUGGAGACUCCUCUACCCUAACUAUUGCAGGAAUAACAAUGCAGGACAAUGGCCAGACCGUUCGCUGUGUUGUCUUGAAUGAAGUCACUAAGACCAUUGGUUCUUCUACCCUACGAGUUACGAAUCGCAUCCAGACAACACAGAAAACCACAAUUCUUACCUCAUCAUCGACCUCACCGAUGUACAGCACAGUCCUCACAGAAACACCAACAGCAUCCUUGGACCCAUCCCAACCCACAACUUCAGUCAGAGUCACUGGGGACAUUUUGGUUAGCACCAACCAACAGAUCCACACGACCAACGACCACGGUGACGUCAUCAAUAUCGUAGGUUGUAAGGACUGUGGUGGCAAGAUCUCACCUCAGCAGAAUCCUGGUGAUGAGGAGAAAUCUAGUAACAGCACCCUCGCUGUAGCACUUGGCAUACUCGCUAUUUGCGCCCUGGUCGCUGGAAUCAUUGCCUACAUUGUUUACACCAAGAGAGGGCGCACCAGCGGUCGGGUCAUCAAGAGGAAAUGGAAGAACAAGCCACUGCAACGUCUGAGAUCGCUACGACAGUCUGUGAGCAGCUCUAACCAAGAUGUCGUCAAUCCUAACUCUGUCCGGCUAAAGACCAUCGAAGUAAUUGUCAACCAACCACCUCCAGAAUGGCAACUUCGCGUCAAAGACGUGGCAGGUGAAGAGAAAGAACCAAGGGAACAAGACCUCCCCAAGCUUGGAAAUGACCAAUCACCAGUAAUACAGGUGACGCCAGACUGCGCCCUCCCCGAGAACUGUGAUGCCUUGUACGCCAAACCGGAUAAGAUGAAGAAGAAAAGGCGCCAUCAUGGGGAUGAGGAUGGUAAUGACCCCCGCCCAGUGACCGCUUCUCCUACCGUCCCUGGACAGUAUCUCACCGCAGAUGCCGACGACUGUUUCUCUGAUGGUGUCUCUGAUGCUUCGACUUGGGAUAUGAGCAGCGUGGACUCUGGCUGUGAAGAGGAAAUGGAUGAAAUACGCCAAGAUGCCACGGCCUACGCCGAGCUUGACCUGACUGUAGCGGCUGAAAGGAGCAAAGAAUGCACACCACCAACUGAAACUGUUGAAUAUGCAAAUACCACGGUUACCAAGACCUCCCUCCCCCGCAGUUAAUACAUUCAGACUUAGCUAGAAAUGCUAUGUGUUGCUACGCACAUAAGGCUGAACACACUAGUGAUGACUAAUAUGUUAUGAUGCACAUGUAUGUUCCAAAGUAGUGUCAAAAAGUGUCAUACAAAAAUUCCGUGGGUCCUUGGUCAUCAACAUCUUAUAGUGUACUCAAUAGUAGUAGAUUAUCCUUGUGACAAAUUCUUCUUGAGAUAUGGUUGUAAACUCUCAAUGUUGUUUAUAAACUAAUAUUCCACUGUCAAUAUCUGAAGGUUACCAAGACAACCAGGAAACCACUCACAGGAGGGCGGUCAGUUUCAGGCUUCAACUUCCCCUUUUUUGUUUCCUCCGCAGUCAGAUCCAAUCGGAUUUGAUGGAUUACCAAGGACAACUCAGAAAUGCCAACCAAAUUUCCUGACAGUUGGUUUCAUAACAAGGGUUAAAGCAAGGUCUGUGAUAGAAAUCAUGGGCAAGUUUAGGUAUUCUAGGUGAGAUAAGCAGAGGUGAAAAAUACAACUAUAUAGGACUUAAUUAAUUUGAAAAAGUAGAAAGUAGCAUCAAAGGGAAAGGAAACUUUGCGAAGAUUGUAUCAGAAGGGGCCCAAAUUGUGAAAAUAUUGAGAACAGUUUUUCUAUAAUUAAAUACAUGUACAUUAGCGCUGCAUACUUAUGUUAAUCAUAAAAUGUAAAUAUAUCAUAUAAUAAAAAGCAUGAAAAUUGCUUGGGCAAUAAAAACUGAUCAAAGGUUUACGGCU